GACAGUGUUGGUUAUUGGCGGAAUAAGUAUACACAUAAAAAAUUAAAUUGCAGCACAGCACCCACAACGCACACAUAUAUUUACUAAACGGAGUGCGACGUGUGCGAAAAAUAAGGAGAGGUGUGUGUGCGGAAAACCAACAAGCAGGAACACCACCGAAUCAGCAGAAGCAGCACACAACCGCCAAUGAACACACUGGGCGCGAGCACGAACGGAGGAGGUGGAGCACCCGGUAGCAAUGGAUCCAGCACAAAUGUGACAGCUGCCGGGAGCACUGGAGGCGGGGCGGUUGGCGAUGAGGCUGGUGGGGAUGCCAGCUCCCGGCGCCAAGCGACGCGGGUGUUCAAGAAGAGCUCGUCCAACGGCAAGAUCACCGUUUACCUCGGUAAGCGGGACUUCGUGGACCAUGUCACACAUGUGGAUCCCAUUGACGGCGUCGUAUUUAUCGAUCCCGAGUACGUAAAGGAACGCAAGGUGUUUGGCCAGGUCCUAGCCGCCUUUCGUUACGGACGUGAGGACCUGGAUGUCCUGGGACUAACGUUCCGCAAGGACCUGUAUCUGGCGCAUGAGCAAAUCUACCCGCCCAUGCAGUUGGAGCGUCCGAUGACCCGGCUGCAGGAGCGGCUGAUCAAAAAGCUGGGACCCAACGCCCACCCAUUUUACUUCGAGGUGCCGCCCUACUGCCCCGCCUCCGUUUCCCUGCAGCCUGCCCCCGGGGAUGUGGGCAAAUCUUGCGGCGUGGACUACGAGCUUAAGGCCUUUGUGGGUGAGAACGUGGAGGACAAGCCCCACAAGCGGAACUCCGUCCGUCUGACUAUUCGCAAGGUCAUGUACGCCCCCUCUAAAGCCGGAGAGCAGCCAUCGAUCGAAGUUAGCAAGGAGUUUAUGAUGAAGCCGAACAAGAUCCACUUGGAAGCGAGUUUGGACAAGGAGCUGUACCAUCACGGAGAAAAAAUAUCAGUCAAUGUCCAUGUGGCCAACAACUCAAAUCGGACGGUUAAGAAGAUCAAGGUAUGUGUCCGGCAGUUUGCGGAUAUUUGCCUGUUUUCGACGGCCCAAUACAAGUCUGUGGUGGCCGAGAUCGAGUCGGAGGAUGGGUGCCAAGUGGCGCCGGGAUUCACCCUGUCGAAAGUUUUUGAGUUAUGUCCCCUUUUGGCGAAUAAUAAGGAUAAAUGGGGUCUGGCCUUGGAUGGGCAGCUUAAGCAUGAGGAUACCAAUUUAGCGUCCAGUACGCUCAUUACUAAUCCUGCCCAGCGAGAAAGUCUCGGUAUCAUGGUGCAUUACAAGGUAAAGGUAAAAUUGCUGAUUAGUUCGCCGCUGCUAAAUGGUGAUCUCGUGGCUGAGCUGCCGUUCACGCUAAUGCACCCUAAGCCUGAGGAAGAGGAGCCUCCACUAUUGGGGGAGCGAUCGCCGCGGGCAAGUUUGGCCGGCGGUGGUCAACCGCUGGUGAGCUUGGGUGACUGUGGAGAGGCAGAAUCGGCGGCAGGGAGUCAGGAUGUGCCCACCACUACCAAUCUCAUCCAGCUCGACGACGACGAGGCACAGGAUGAUGACAUUAUAUUCGAGGACUUUGCUCGCCUGCGUUUAAAAGGCGCCGAAACAGAGGCCUAAAUGAAAGAGGACCCAUAAUGUUUUCGGAUUCCACUUUUGAUUGUCCAUCUGCAAAAAUAUUCACAUUACAUUUGUAUAAUAUGAAAAGGUAAAACAAAAAUUUGCGCAGCCGCUAAAUGUAAAGUUUUGUACCAAUAGCCAUGGUAAAUAGUUUGUUGUAAGCCAUUUGAUAUGUGUAGGCCAUACGUUCUAGUAUCUAUAGGGUUUAAGCUGAAAGUGUACGAAUUUUAAAAUGUGAAAUUGUUUAACAAAUCAACAAAGCGAAUCUACACAAAACACACAUGCACUUGCAAACACUAAUGCCAUGUUUUCGGCCCUACCUGCAACAGUUGAAAGAAUGCACACAAAUUAUAUUCAUUUUUAUCCAAAAUGUACCCUUUUUUAUUUCAUCUUAUAUUAUUAAAUGCUCAAUUUAAUGUCAUAUAACGA